CAUAACUCCUUAUUUGCUCCUCAUUACAGAUCUUCCAAGCUUCAGAGCGCAGGCAAACAACUUCUUCUCAGACAUGGCAUCUCAAGGUUUGUGUCCUUCGAUAAAAAAUAUUCUUCUUUUGGACUCUGAAGGGAAGCGUGUGGCAGUCAAGUAUUACUCAGAUGACUGGCCAACAAACAAUGCAAAGUUAGCUUUUGAGAAGUUUGUAUUUACUAAGACUGUUAAGACAAAUGCUCGUACGGAAGCUGAGGUAACACUACUUGAGAACAAUAUCAUUAUUUACAAAUUUGUACAAGACCUGCAUUUCUUUGUCACUGGUGGUGAAGAUGAAAAUGAGCUCAUUCUAGCAUCAGUUCUUCAAGGUUUCUUUGAUGCAGUCACCCUUCUGUUGAGGAGUAAUGUUGACAAAAGAGAGGCACUUGAGAACUUAGAUCUCAUUCUCCUGUGUCUUGACGAGAUUGUUGAUGGAGGGAUGAUACUUGAAACAAAUGGACCUCUUAUUGCCGAAAAGGUGACCUCUCAUAGCUUGGAUGCUGAUGCCCCCUUGUCAGAGCAGACACUAACUCAAGCUUGGGCUACAGCCAGAGAACAUUUGACAAGAACCCUUUUAAAAUGAUGCUUGCAUACAUUGAAAACGAGCUACCUAUUGUUGAAUAGUUAAAUUUUUGUCUGUUAAUGAGAGUUGUUUCAUCCCCUAAUUUGUGAGUUAUUGUAAUGAGCACCAUAUCAUUUUUCUGGGAAUUGUGUUCCCCCUGCAUCUAGCUGUUAUUUGUCAAAUUCAGGGAAGAAGUUAUUAAUCGAAAUAUUGUGAUAUUCAAUGUACGGGUGAGAUUUGGUUCCAUAGAAUUUGCUGUUCAAGUAUGUAACAAUCCAAUAUCGAGAUAUUCUUUCGUCAAUAAGUAUCUGACUUGACAUAUACA